CUCCUCCCAGCUGUGAUUGUAAUUCUUCUCAUGGACGAAGCAGCGGGAUCGGGUGGAGCAGGAGUGGGAUCGAGCUAAUUUGUGAUCCGUUAUUCGGACAGCACGGAGCCCCUGGUACAGGCUCUUCAUUCUGUCAGAUUACGCAGAAAAUAUGGAUAGUGUGUUCGUGACUGAAGAUAAAGCCAACAGCAUCUUGAAACGAUUUCCAAGAGCCAACAGUUUUUUUGAAGAAAUCAAGCAAGGAAACCUUGAGCGUGAAUGUAGAGAGGAAUUGUGCAACUAUGAAGAAGCAAGAGAAGUUUUUGAGAACAAUGAGAAGACUAAUAAAUUCUGGAAUGAAUACACCAGUGGACAGCAGGGAAGUGGCAACACAGGAAGUAACUGGUAUCCAUUUUACCUUGCCUUCCCCUUGAUGAUUGUAUUUUUUAUAAUCCUCCUGGUCAUUUUACUAGUUUGGAAAUGUGUAUUCAAGAAGAAGGCACGUAGACAGACUGCCUACACUCCCGAGGCAGGAAUCGAUCCUAAUGGAAGUGUUCCUCAUCCACAGCAAGAUAUAAUAUUCCAUGACCCUCGACUACAGGAUGCUUAUGAUAGGGGUUGGCAUUCCUCUGGAGCUAUGGAGUAUGAUGCACAUUCUGAUACCUUGUCAGCUGGUUUAUCAAACUGUGAUCCACCUCCCUCAUACGAGGAAGCCACUGGUGAGAGGGGCGUAACAGUAAGUGAGCCAUUGCCAAGCCCUAUGGAUCCUCCUCCCCAUUAUGAAGAAAUUGUUGCCUCUGCCAUUACAAUACCUCACGGAGCAAAUAACGUUAAGUAAAACACAUGGAAGGAUUAUUCUAUAUUUUUAAUAUUUUUUUUAUUGGAAAGAUUUUAAGCACAAUUUUGCUGCUACAUAUUAUUUGCCUUUGGACAAACCUACCUUGAAUAGUUUCCUUAAAAAGUAUGCAUUUUUCUUUUUUGGUAUCUGAAAAUAAAAUUUUUGGACAAGUA